GAAGCCUGCCUAUGCUGCUUAUGUCAAUCGAUUCGGCUUAUACGCAUUUGUAAGUUGUCAGACUUUCAGAAAUUGCUCGAGGUGUAAGGUUAGUUCGUAUUUUUUCAUUUAACAAUGGGCAAAGUGAACGAACGUCAUCGGUGGAAGGGAAAAAUCGUGUCGAAAAAAGUUUACGAAAAAAGAUUAUUACAACAAAAUAUCGGAAAGGAGCGGAAAAAAGUGAUUAUUGAUGAGUCUCAACAAGUUCACGAAAAUAGUAUAGAGGAGGACGAUGAAGAAGAGGUAUCGUCAUUAGACGGACGACGCAUUGUCGAUUUGAAGUUUCUGGGAAAACAAAUGUGGUGCAUUUCGUGCAAAGAAGCUUUAUCAUUCGAAUAUAUCGAAAACGAGUAUCGUCGUGGAUUGGGCUCACACUUGGCAAUACGAUGUCAUAAAUGCUUCAUCAUAAACGAAGUUUUAACAUGCACAAUGCCACCUUCCAGUGACAAACGCAAUACGCGUUUUGAUAUAAACUACGAAGCAGUUAUAGGUGUUUUGCAUUCCGGAUUAGGAUGGUCGCAUCUGCAAAAAUUGCUGGCAUGCAUGAAUGUUCCAUGCUUUCAGUUCAAGACAUUCAAAAAGUAUAAACAAGAAGUUGAAUGCGCAGCAGAAGACGCAGUCAAACAAAGCUGUCAAGACGCAGCUCAAUUAGAAAAAAAAUUGACAGUAGAGCAAAUGGAGAACAUUGAGAAGCAACUGUAAUUAAGAGGCAGUUUUUUACAGACAGUAUUUAAAAGUGUUCUUUAAUCUUUUUU